GGAAGCGCUUCCUGACGGGGCGGGGCUUCCGGCAGCGGGCUACGUCGCGGGGAGCCUAGAGUUGGGUAGUCCUUUGCGUCUGCACGUGUUCCUAGUCCUCUCCGCGAUGCUGCCUCUGCUACGCUGCGUGCCCCGUGUACUGGGCUCCUCCGUUGCCGGCCUCCGCGCCGCGGCUCCCGCCUCGCCUGCUUCGCCAUUCCGGCAGCUCCUGCAGCCGGCGCCCCAGCUCUGCGCCCGGCCCUUCGGGCUGCUCAGCGUGCGCGCAGGUUCCGAGCAGCGGCCGGGCCUCCUGCGGCCUCGCGGGCCCUGCGCCUGCGGCUGUGGCUGCGGCGCGCUGCACACCGAAGGAGACAAAGCUUUUGUUGAUUUCCUGAGUGAUGAAAUUAAGGAGGAAAGAAAAAUCCAGAAGCAUAAAACCCUCCCUAAGAUGUCUGGAGGUUGGGAGCUGGAACUGAAUGGGACAGAAGCUAAAUUAGUGCAGAAAGUUGCUGGGGAAACAAUCACUGUCACUUUCAAUAUUAACAACAGCAUCCCACCAACAUUUGAUGGUGAGGAGGAACCCUCGAAAGGGCAGAAGGUUGAAGAACAGGAGCCUGAAUUGACAUCAACUCCCAAUUUCGUGGUUGAAGUUAUAAAGAAUGAUGGCAAGAAGGCCCUUGUGCUGGACUGUCAUUAUCCAGAAGAUGAGGUUGGACAAGAGGAUGAGGCUGAGAGUGACAUCUUCUCUAUCAGGGAAGUUAGCUUUCAGUCCACUGGCAACUCUGAAUGGAAGGAUACUAAUUACACACUCAACACAGAUUCCCUGGACUGGGCCUUGUAUGACCACCUAAUGGAUUUCCUUGCGGACCGAGGGGUGGACAACACUUUUGCAGAUGAGUUGGUGGAGCUCAGCACAGCCCUGGAGCACCAGGAGUACAUUACUUUUCUUGAAGACCUCAAAAGUUUUGUCAAGAGCAAGUAGAGCAGACAGACACUGAAAGCCAUAGUUUUAUGGCAGGCUUUGGCCAUUAAACAAAUCCAAGUCAGAAGCUAGACACGUGCUUUGAAAUUAUUAUCCUAAUAUCAUGGGAAAAAAACAUCAAAUUUAAAUUAUAUGUUUUACGCUCUCAUUUAUUACCAUUUUUUUCUGUACAAAUCUAUUAUUUGUAGAUUUUUGUAUAACAUAAUAGACAAUAAAAUUGGUUUAUCUCC